GAAGUGGACUGGAGGGGCAUGGAGAAGUAAUUAAGAAGGAAAGCAAGGGUGAAAGGAGUAUUGGUAAGCAGAUAAAGAAGACCCCUUGAUCACGGAGGUAGGAGAGGCACUGCCGCGGUGGGCUCGUCAUCUCUCUCAAACAGCUCGUCUUUCGAAGUCCCUCCUUCCAUCUCUCUCUUUCUUUCUGUCUUCAUUCACAUGGGUCUCCCCUCUUUUUGAUGCUCUCGCUCCCCAGACUCCAAUGAGGCCCUCCUAAGUCCUAAUUUAGAGGAGAGGAGACUAGGAGAGGCUCCGAGGGAAGGAGUUCACGAGAUAAACCACCACCUUCCUCCUAUUUUCCACACUUGAUACUCCCCGGCUCCCAGUUCCCCAGUUCCCCAGUUCCCACCGCACGCGCGCGCACACACACACACGUAAGACAGAGUUUGAUCAAUGCGCAGGCCCUCCUCCGACCACCAGAGUUGAUAAGCACGCGCGAAUCUCACAAGUCACUGGAAUGGCGUACAGGGGGCCAGUUAUGGCGCCUCUGGAGGUCGAGAGGGGUGCGGAGGGGGAGAGAUGGCGCCACUUCGACAGCUCCGUCAACGCUGUUUCUUUUGGCUUCGUGGCCACCGCCAUCCUCAUCUCCAUGUUCCUCGUCAUGGCCAUCUUCGAGCGCUUUCUCCGCCCAGCUCCCUCUUUGCUCGACUCGCCUCAUCGGCGGUUCCGAGGGCGCAGUUCCGAUCUCAAUGUUCAGCAUCAUCGGCCGGGACUUGCCGGCAAGCUUGAUUUUCCAUCCCCUAAGAUGUCUCUGUAUGCAAAAGGUGUUUCUGUGUUGAUGCCAGGGCAUGAUUUUCCCACCUUCAUUGCCCACCCUGCUCCUGCACCAUGCCCUCCUGAGCGGAUGCCAUGGCCAUCCCACCAAGCUAUUCCAAUUUGUGGUUCUACAUCAAAUCCGCAGGCUAUAUGACCCUCCCUGAAUCCAAAUGCACUCACGAUUUGCACUACAGUUUUCAUCAGCUGAGCACAAACUAUUUAGUUGGUAAACCCUCAAUUGCCCCUCUGAUUGCGAUUUUCUCCAUGUCUGGAUUCAAAGUUGUUUGGCUACAAACCAGACAUUGAUGUAAUGUGUAUAGCUCUAGGCUCCUUUGGUGUAGUAAUUUCUGCUGCCCCUGUUCCUGUUAGGAUCAUCAGUGUGGUAGUUUGUUGGAAGACAUUACCAAUCAUCUUUUCUUGCAUUCUGCAUCUACUUGGAUGUUUUGAAACAUGCUGGUCAAGGUGUCCUUGUGUUUCAAUCUGUCCGGGUGAGUUCUUGUAAAAAAUUUUCAACACGAAUCAAUUUGGUCCCCCUCUUUCUGAAUGUCUUUUUGUCCAGUUUUUAGUGGCUAUUGCUCUCGUUGAAAUUAAUAUUCUGAAGGUAGCUUGGGAAGCUGCUUCCUGGGAUUUGGGAUUGGUAUGCCAACACCUAAUUGUAACCAGUUUCACUCUUAGGGAGCUGUUCAGAACUGCUACGCCUGGGCUUUUGGCUUCGGCCUUGAGUGGUGAUUUGUGAUGGUGAGGACCCAGAGCAGCUCCUCGUCUCCCUUUCCCUUGAAAGAGAGGUGGACCCAAGGCAGACGCAGGGGAUUCUGUCCGUGUGGUGCUCUCGCUCUCUGCUUUUCGCUUUUCUAGAACCACAGGGACACCCUAGCGUUACUACUUGUCGCGUUCCCUCGUUUAUUUCAACUUGCAAUUCCACCUGAACCUGGGGAUUAUAGAAACACAAACGCCCGCGCUCCUCUCAUGAACAGUCUGCUACAGCACCCUGCUCAAGUUUACAAUUCAAUACCUAUAUAUCACUCCAACAUGUCUUUCCUUUGCAUAAAAAAAAUCAGUAAAAGCUAGUUAUUUAUAUUUUA